AUGGAGAUCAUAAAUGGGGUUUUCUUGAUUCUUCCUUUGGGCUUUGUUUUAGUUUUUGAGGUUUUGAAGAGAUUGAAUGGUUUGUAUUAUGCUGUGAAGUUGGGGAAGAAAUGGGGUGAGCUUCCUCCUGGUGAUCUCUCUUGGCCACUUCUUGGUUCUACUUUAUCCUUCCUCAAAUCUUUCACGGUUGGUCCACCUGAAAGCUUUAUUCGUAUCUUUACCACCAGGUAUGGGAAAGUUGACAUGUACAAGACUCACAUGUUUGGGAGAGCAAGCAUACUCGUCUGCAAACCUGAAAUCUGUCGCCAAGUACUAAUUGAUGAAACCAAAUUUGUUCCUAGUUAUCCCGCCUGCAUGAAAAGGUUAUUUGGUAGAAAGUCACUGAUCCGAGUCUCCAAGGCGGAGCACCGGAAGCUCCGACGGAUGACAAUGGCGCCGAUCAGCAGCCACGCUGCGCUCGAGAUCUACAUCGAGCAUACUGAACACACAGUGAUCAGUGGGUUGGAGGAAUGGUCAAGUGUGGAGAAGCCAUUGAAGCUGUUGACAGAGAUAAAGGAGCUUACCUUCAAAAUUAUUUGGAACAUUUUUAUGGGUUCAACUUCCAUAGACUAUACCACAAAAGAAAUGGAGGCUUUGUAUGAUGAUGUUGCACUUGGCUUAUUCUGUUUCCCCAUCAACUUUCCUGGCUUCAACUUCCAUAAAUCUCUCAAGGCUCGAAAAAGAUUGUAUGAAAUACUUCUAUCUAUUGUGAACGAGAAGAGGUUAAUGAAGAAAAGCAAAGGGGAAAGUUGGGAAGCAAAAGAUAUGAUGGAUUUGAUGACAGAAGUGGAAGAUGAAGAUGGUGAAGGGAUGGACAAUGAGACCAUUACAGAUUUGAUUUUUGGUAAGUUAUUUGCAGGCCAUGAGACUUCAGCUUUCACUACAAUGUGGGCAAUUAUAUUUCUUACAGAUCAUCCACAUAUAUUUCAAAGGGCCAAGGAAGAACAAGAAGAUAUCAUUAGGCGAAGACCUUCAACACAAAAGGGUAUAAAUCUCGUCGAGUUUAAACAAAUGAAAUUUCUUUCUCAGGUGAUAGAUGAGACGCUUCGUCUUAGUAGUAUUGCAUUUGCUACUUUUCGUGAGGCAACAACUGAUAUUAAUAUCAAUGGUAAACUUAUACCAAAAGGAUGGAAAGUUAUACUUUGGCAUCGAGGGCUGUACAUGGAUGAAGAGCUACAUCCUUCCCCACAAGACUUCAAUCCAUCGAGAUGGGAUGAUUUUAUAGGCAACCCCGGUGCUUUUACUCCGUUUGGAUUAGGAGUCAGGUUGUGCCCUGGACGUGAUCUUGCCAAGCUCGAGAUCUCAAUUUUCCUUCACCAUUUUCUCCUCAAUUACAAGAUCGAGCGAUAUAAUCCACAAUGCCAAUUGACUUAUCUACCACUUCCUCAUCCCAAAGACAAAUGCCUUGCAAGAGUGCUGAAAGCUGCAGGACAAUGUGCUAGAAAGAAGUUGCUCAACAUACUUCAAUCCAUCAUCAACCAAAAGAGAUUGGCGAAGAACAUGCAAGGAAAAAGUUGGGAAGCCAAAGAUAUGAUGGAUUUGCUUAUGGACGUGAAAGAUGAAGAUGGUGAAGAGUUGGAUGAUGAAGCCAUUAUAGAUUUGAUAUUUGGUAACUUAUUUGCAGGCCAUGAAACUUCAUCUGUUACAGCAAUGUGGGUUGUUUUGUUUCUUACAAAGCAUCCACAUGUUUUUCAAAGAUCCAAGGAAGAGUUCGUGGAAGAUUGUGAAGGGGGUUAUGAUGGUAGCACGUGGCCUGAAAUCUUGAACCUUAUACCCCAUUCAGGGUGUAUGAGUAUGGUUAUUGUUGCUAAGAGUGCUUUCAAUUCAAGUCUAUUGCACAAUUUUCUUGGACAUAUGAACGUCAAAGGAGUAAAGAUGUUGGCUGCGAAAGGAGUUUUAGAAGAAAAGAGUGACAAGCUUGAUGUUGAGAUUGUGAAGUGCUACUUCCUAGGCUAUGGUUCUUACAUGUUCGAGUACAUGUUUUUAGAUGACAAGAACAGAAAGGUCCUGAGACAUUGUGACCUGACUUUUGAUGAAAAUGUCAUGUACAAGAACAAAAUGAAGAAGGGUUUCAAGACAACGAAGCAAGUGGAGCAUGUGACACCUCAGCAGCAGUUAAGAAGAUCAUCGAGAAAUAUUAGAGUACCAUAUAGUUAUUCACCCUCAUCACACUAUUUGUUGCUGAUUGAUAAAGGAAAACCAGAGUCCCUCUAUGAUGUUGUGAUACAACCUAGUGGGAACAUGUCAUGGAUGCUGAGAUGA